GCCAUGAAGAGCUGCAGCCCGCUGGAGACUGUCAGGUCCAUCCUCGGAUACCUCAACUAAGGCACCUCUGCACCGCUCCUCAGGAGUCUACGGCAACGUCAGAGCCGAGAUGGGGCGGAAGGAGAUCAUCUGCAGCUGGAAGAAAAGCACCACGAACAUCAAGGAUGUGUUUGACUUCAAGGGGAAAAUGGGAUCGGGGUCUUUUUCUGAGGUUUUCAUGGUGAGAGAAAGGGAAACGGGUAAACUGUACGCCCUGAAAUGUCUGAAGAAAAAGCACCUGGUCCAUAGCAACCUGGAGAAUGAAAUCAAUGUACUAAGAAGGAUAAAACACGAGAACGUGGUGGGACUGGAGGAUUUCUACGAGAGUCGAACACAUUAUUACCUGGUCAUGCAACUGGUGUCAGGCGGGGAGCUAUUCGAUCGUAUUUUAGACAAGGGGGUUUAUACCGAGAAGGACGCCAGCACAGUGAUCAAACAGGUGCUGCAGGCCGUUAGCUACCUGCACGAAAACAGCAUUGUACACAGGGACCUUAAGCCUGAGAACCUGCUGUACUACAACACGGACGUGAACGCUAAGAUCAUGGUCAGUGAUUUCGGCCUGUCGAAGACGAUGGAGCACGGCGUGAUGUCCACGGCCUGCGGUACGCCAGGAUAUGUCGCCCCUGAGGUUCUGGCCCAGAAACCCUACAGCAAAGCAGUGGACUGUUGGUCCAUUGGAGUCAUCACGUACAUCCUGCUCUGUGGCUACCCUCCGUUCUUUGAAGAAAACGAAACCCGACUGUUUUCAAAGAUCAGGAGAGCGGAUUACGCCUUUCAUUCACCGUUCUGGGACGACAUCUCUGAGUCAGCGAAAGACUUCAUCAGGAACAUGAUGGAGAUAAAUGCCACCAAGCGCUUCACCACCGAACAGGCACUCAGACACCCCUGGAUUGCAGGAGACACAGCUAAAGACCUGGACAUUUAUCCGUCUGUCUGUGAACAGAUGGAGAGAAACUUUGCCAAAUCCAAAUGGAAGCAAGCCUUCAAUGCAGCCUCAGUGAUCCACCACAUGAAGAAACUGCAGCUGUCCCACAGUGAGUCGUCCCCCUCACCGUCCUGCAUGCCCAACAUCACAGUGCAGUCCUCCUCGCAGGACGACCUGAAGGUGCUGGGACUCCGCCACGACCAGGCGGAUGCCCUAGACCCCAACGGAAAUCCCGUUCAUGCGGCCGCUCGUCUAUCCUGCGGGAACCCCGAACCGGCCAGAGGACUCUGUCAGACGCUGAGAGCCAGUCACAGCGAGCCCAGCCACGCCCUCGCCAUGGGGGAGUCAAUAGAGGACCAUCACUUUCAUUCAGAGAGAGACACUUCCUUCGGGCCAAAAAGCCUGGACGCUGUGGCUCAGAGGAAGGACCAAUCGCUUCAGUCGGGAGUCUGCUCUGUCAUGUGAUUGGCUGGCGAACACGGACAUGGAUCUCCGCGGCGUCUUUGUGAGUGUGAAGGUGCCGACGCGUCUGCUGCUCGGCGGAAACGGACACACAAGACUGUAUCUACACUGCAGGAAACACUUCACACGUGGAAUGACUGUGUGCAGUGAACGACACGUGAAAACAGCCGGAAUGCAUCAUUUAUAAAUCAUACGAAAUCGCGAUUAAAUAAAUUUUAUCAAAACGAUUAAAAUAUAAUGUAUGUUGCCAUCAACAUGUUAGUAAAUUCCAUGAAAAUUUCUUUUCGAGUAGCCGUAGGUGACAUAUACAACGUGAAAGCUAACUGAUGAUUUCUCUUUUAAAAGUCACGUCAUUUUUACAUCUGUAUGGCAUCACUAAGAUAAUUUAAUAUUUGCUGUUGGGCACUACGACAAAAUUUUGGAACAUACCUUUAACUGUACUUGAUUGGACUGUUUUAAACCGAGUCGGCUCGGUUGUGUGUCUGUCUCAUGAACGAGAAUAUAUCUCAGGAACACAAACGUCCAGUUGGAAUCAAAGAUGAGAUGAUGCGAUUUUUGCUGGUCAAAGGUCAAGAUCAUUCUGCUGUCAUAGAACUGGGUGUAACCAAAGAAUGAAUGCGUUGAGUAUGACACAUUUCUAGACAUGUGACGUGAUGGCCAUUUUAUACCCAACGUGUCAUAGUGUUCUGCAAAAAUCAUAACUCAUGAACGGAGGGGGGAUGGGGGAUCGUGACUAUAUUUCCUGAAAAGUGACAGAUGCAAACAGAUGCGAGGUGGCGAUUCUAGUUGGGCAUGUUUCACUAUUCAGCCACGGAUAUUGAGAUUAUUAAACUGUACUUCGAGGCGCAGGCAUUGACACACAGUAACCAGGUGGUCACUGUCGCGUCUGCGAUACGCACAUAAGCUGCUCUUGUAAAAAAAAAAAAGGAAAGGUUGAACUCUUCAAGUGCCACGCGCAGGUGUAAACACUUGUG